UAUUGAUGAAUCAUAAAUCCGAAUUUAUUACUAAUAUAUUUUCAAUUUUAUUACUACUACUAUAUUCGAUCAUGGAUAAAUAUAAAUUCCAAGGAUCCGUAUAGAAACAGUUUAGCUUUCUCAUUCCUACCACCCAACACAGCAUGCAAUUUAUCGUCGUCUUUGAAGGGAUUUGGGCCGAUUAGGUUUGAAAAACUGCCUUAAGUAUUAUUUGGAUUGAUCUGCGAAGCCAAAUACUAGAAUUAGGCUGCUGUUGAUUACAAAAUGAUGGUGGAUUCAAUAGCUGCAACAUCUCUCUUAGGGCACCGCCCAUUUUUUAGUAGCUAUAAUUGGCUGUCUUUUACCAAGUCAAUGAAUAGGAAAUAUGCUAUCUCACCUUCUGUGAGAAGCUGGCAUGUUAAGAAGCCGAUUAGGUCUUUGACAAAGGCUCAGGCUGCAGAAUUGACAAGAGAGGCACAUUCAUAUCACAAGGAAGAGCGAGAACCUCCCGGGAUUGACUAUGGUGUGGAUAGCCGGCCGGGGCUGUGGCCACCGGAAAACAAGGCUGAUAACCCUGCCCUUAAGAACCCGUUGCUUCGACAGGAGAGGAUGGGUUGUGGUUGGUUAGGUGCUAUAUUUGAAUGGGAAGGGGUGCUGGUUGAGGACAAUCCGGAUCUCGAGAAGCAAGCUUGGUUGACUCUUGCUCAGGAAGAAGGGAAAUCGCCACCACCAGCCUUUAUGCUUAGACGAAUAGAAGGGAUGAAGAACGAGCAGGCUAUAGCAGAGGUUCUCUGCUGGUCUAGGGAUCCCGGGGUGUUGAAGAGGAUGGGGUCUAGGAAGGAAGAGAUCCACCAAGCUCUGCAGGGCGGUAUGUACAGAUUCCGGUCUGGCUCCCAGGCGUUCUUGAACCUUCUGGUGCAUCACAAGGUGCCCGUUGCGUUGGUCUCCACCCGGCCUAGAAAGUCUCUUGAGAGGGCCAUUGCAGUGAUUGGGAUUGAAGGAGUGUUCAGUGUCAUUGUCACUGCUGAGGAUGUCUACAGAGGGAAGCCUGACCCGGAGAUGUUCAUGUAUGCAGCGCAGCUCCUGCAGUUUAUACCCGAACGGUGUAUAGUGUUUGGGAACUCGAAUCAAACGGUUGAGGCCGCGCAUGAUGCACGGAUGAAGUGCGUUGCUGUUGCCAGCAAGAACCCUAUGUACGAGCUCGGGGCAGCUGACCUGGUGGUCCGGCACCUUGAUGAGCUCACGGUGGUGGACUUGAAGAACCUUGCUGAUAUUGAGGCAGUGGAGCUCGAGCCAGAGAAGGAGAUGGAGGCUUCAGCUGAAGAUGACCGGCCUCCGUCCACAUCAGUAGGUGUGUAUGAUGGUUUCUGGUGAUAUUUUUUCCCAAAUGUACAGGAUGUUCUAGUUCUUGGUCAUGUGUUAUAGACCAAAAUACAAAGGGUGGUUGGUUCUGCAAAGGAAAAGUGUCUAGAAAUGCAGAAGGUAGUCUACAUUGGGUUACCAUGUGCACUAUCAUGUACUACUACUAUUUAGUAUGUUAAUAAUUAAAAAUAUACUCCUACUUGUUUCAAA